AUGCUGAAAUUUGUUACGAAAGAGGAUGAAGUGGUACCAUCAAGCACUGAUCCAGAGGGACUCAGCAGCUGCACAGUCACUGAUGCAGGAUGUAGCACUGAAGCCAGUCCAUCAACCAGCUAUGAAGGUACAGAUGCGGUGGUCACAACUGGUGACAACCUACAGUCUGGGAGUAGUUCUAUAAUCAUAGAGAAACCGUCACUCAUUAAAGAAGUAGAAACUGAUGUGGUGUCCCCUGUGAGUGCUCUGCAAGUUGAUCCUUCUCUCUGGCCAUCUCGUCUAACAGAUUCUGAUCGCCUUGAAAUUGUACAGAGAGGACCAUUUAAAGUAGAAUCAGAUUUUUCUUUCCCCAAAGACAAAGAUGGACGAGGUUUUAAUAGUUUGCAAUGCUAUCGCAUACUCACAAAUGGAGAGAAGGUGUUAAGAAGUUGGCUUAUUUAUUCAAAGCAGAAAAACUGUGUGUUUUGUUUUGCUUGUAAACUCUUCAGUACCAAAGACACAAACCUGUCAAGGGAGGGUUUUAGUGACUGGUCCAACCUCAGCAAGAGUCUCAGGAGUCACGACAAUGCCUUAGACCACACACAAUCCAUGUUGAAAUGGAGGGAACUUGAGAUGCGUCUAAAGAACAAGAAGACAAUAGACCAUCAAGAAUUAACUCUCUUAGAGGCAGAAAAAAAAAGGUGGCGUGAUGUCCUCACACGAUUAGUCAGCAUCACAAUAUCUUUGGCAUCCCGAAAUCUUGCUUUUAGGGGCUCCUCAGAUCGUCUCUACGAAGCAAACAGUGGCAACUUUCUCAAGGAAGUCGAGCUUCUUGCACUGUUUGAUCCUGUGAUGGAAAAUCAUCUGUCAAGAGUCAAGGACAAAAGCACUCGCACACAUUACCUUGGACAGCAAAUCCAAAAUGAGCUGAUACAGCUUAUAAGUGACAAAAUACUGAAGACCAUUGUGUCCAAUAUUCAUCAGGCAAAAUACUAUUCAAUUAUUCUUGACUGCACCCCGGAUACAAGCCAUAAAGAACAAAUGUCAGUCAUAUUGCGGACUGUGGCCUUGGAGCCAAAGCCAGAGGUUAAAGAAUACUUUCUAGGAUAUGUGGAGGUCUUCGAAACCACUGGCUUGAAUCUGUCAAAUGUGAUACUGGACAAGCUUCAGGAGCUUCAGAUUCCUUUUGAAAAUUGCAGAGGACAGGCCUACGAUAAUGGUGCUAAUAUGAAAGGUAAAAGUCAAGGAGUGCAAGCGAGACUGCUAAAGCAAAACCCAAGAGCUCUGUUUGUACCUUGUGGAGCACAUUCAAUGAAUCUUGUGAUAGCAGAUGCAGCAAAGGCGUCUAAGGAUGCUGUUGGCUACUUUGGUUAUGUGCAGAAACUCUUCACAUUCUUUUCAGGAGCUACACAACGAUGGAACAUCUUGUUGAAGCAUGUCCAUCUCACAUUGAAGUCUUGGAGUGAUGUAAGAUGGGAAAGCAGACUGCAAAGCAUUACAGCUGUCAGACACCAAGUGAAGGAGAUCAGAAAUGCUCUUAUUGAGGCAAGGCAAGCUGUGAAUGAUCCAGUUGCCAAAGUAGAGGCUCAAGCCCUUGCAGAAGAAGUGGCUUCAUUUAGGUUUCUGAUAUGCACUGUUGUAUGGUUUGACAUCUUAACACAUAUUAACCAGGUGAACAAGAUGCUUCAGUCCAGUUCAAUGCAACUGGAUGUUGCUGUUUGACUCAUUGAGAGUGCAAAACAUUCUCUCAUGAAAUACAGACAGUCUGGAUUUGUGGAUGCUCAGUCAACUGCAAAGGAACUCUGUGAAGCCCUAAACAUAGAGCCUGAACUUAAGGAGAAAAGGCUGAGAAGCACUAAAAGGCAUUUUGCCUAUGAGGCUGCAGAUGAGCCUAUCAGUGAUGCCCUCAAAAAGCUUGAGGUUACCUUUUUCAAUAGUGUUGUGGACUCUGCUUUGGCAUCACUUCAAGAGAGAUUUGAAAUUUUCACUCAGGUCAAAGACAGAUUUGGAGUUCUGCUUGAUUUCAGCCAAGUUCAAGGGAUGUCAAAAGAGACUUUACAGAAACACUGCACUGAGGUAGAGAAGACAUUGACUGCAGUGGAAAAAGGAGGUUCUGAUAUUGAUGGUCAAGAGCGAGCUCAAGAAAUCAUAAACCUUCCACAGUUGCCACCACUCACAACGGCUCUGGAGAUGCUAUCAUUUCUCCAUGACAACCACCUACAAGAGCUGUAUCCAAAUCUCUGGAUUGCUCUGCGCAUAGCAGUGACGCUCCCUGUAACUGUUGCCUCUGCUGAGCGCAGUUUUCUAAAAUGAAGCUCAUCAAAACGUACUUGCGCUCAUCUAUGGCACAAGAGCGCAUGAGUGGUCUGGCAAUUGUCAGCAUCAACUCUCAAUUAGCAAAGGCUUUAUCAUAUGAAGAGCUCAUUUACGACUUUGCCUCAAGAAAAAGCAGAAGUGUGCCUUUGUAAAUUUUGAACUUUGGAAAGCUCCAGCAGAUGACAGUGUUGAUUUUAUUUCAGUUUAUUAUUGUUUAUUUUAUUUAUUAUAAAUGUUUUAUUUAAAGUGUAAUUUUAGUUUGUAUUUUUUGCUGUAGAGCUACAAUUGUAAUUUAUAAAUGAUACAAUUUAUUUAUGUAUUUACUUUUAUUUGAAUAAAGUUCUAUUUUGGCCCCUAUAGUAGGUGUUUUUUUAUUAUUUUAUUUUUACUUCCGUAAUAUUUGGGGGAGGGGGCACAAAAGUAAAUUUCUGCUUAGGGCACCCAUUUGGCCAGCAGCGGCCCUGUACACACAAUAAAACAGAUAAUAUGACAACCUGAUAUUUUGGUGGUACUCAGGGACAGCCACACCCCUCCUAAAAUGUUCCCGCCCAUUACAUAAUUGGGAUUUGGAGGGUCCUACCGGUUUAUAAGGACACUCAUUUUACAAUACACAAAUCAUGUCAAUUCCCUGGAUUACAGAGACCAAUGUGUUUUACAGGGACUUGUACAUACACAAGACACAGACAUGACACUAUGCUGCAUUACCAAGACCAAGGUGAAUAAAGAGUGCCCGAUCUUAAACACAACACACAACCGCACGUCUUCCAACAUUACAGGGACCAAUGUGAUUUACUAGCACAGGCCAAUACACAACACACAAACAUGACACUAUGCUGCAUUACCAAGGCCAUGGUGAAUAAAGGGUGCCGGAUUUUAAAUAAAAUUUACAACACUAAAGAGACCAAUGUCAAUGUGUUUUAGAAGUAAUUUAAUUACACUUUUAAAUAACACAAUAUCUUUUUUUCCUUUUAGUUUUUACCAUGUUUUACAAGCAUAACAUGCAAUUUUACGGAGAAAAGUGACAUCCACAAAUUUCAAAAUAUGGACAUUAAAACAACAAUAAAAAAUAAACUAAACUAAACUAUAAAAUAAAAUAAAGCCUCACUGAAAUGCAAGAAUGUAAACCACUCAAAACUGCAAAUAUUUACAAAACAGCACAUGUUGUGAAGAUGCCAUUAAACAGGUACUGAAAUGUGUAAGAUUAACUCUCUUAAGGGACCGUUCAUCCACAUAUGACAAUUUAGUCCUUUCAUCACACUCAUGUUGUUCCAAACCCAUAUGACUUGUCCUCUCCAGUGGAACACAAAGGAGAUGUUUAGCAGAAUAUUUCAGACAACCACAGCUUUAGACACCAACACCAUUCACAUUUAUUACACCACAUCCAUACAGUGAAUAUCAGUGUUGUUUGAGGAUGACACUGGCCAAAACAGUCUGCUAAACAUCAUCUUUGUGUUCCACUGAAGAGCUCCAUGUGGGUUUGGAACAACAUAAGAGUGACAAAAAGACAGGACUGAAAUAUUUUGACAAACUAUUCCUUUAAGUCAAACUUCAAGAUUUCUAGAGUGGGAUGUGAUUAAGUACUGCACAAUAAAAAAAAAUACCUAAAACAACAACCAAAUCUUAACAGAACAGAACAAAUGAGAACAGGAUGUUGUCACAUAUUUUGGGUUUUUCUUUUCAAGAUAAUUCCCCAGUUUCUCACAAAGUCUGUUAUGUUUUGAGUGCUGCGUCUUACCAAACCAGGAUCGUCAUCAGUUUUACAUUGCUGGCACUCAGUCACUGGCCGCCAGUUUUCCUUUGGCUAUAUGUAAAAAUAAAUAAUAAUAAGUAAUAAUAAAAACAACAACAACAAAAAAUACUUUAGUAAAUUCUAACUAGCUUGUACUUAGUGGAGAU